UUGGCCCUGACCGACUGCUGGGUCCUGAGCCACAUUUUUGGAUUCGCAGGGCCAAGAGUGACUUUGCAGGUGAAGCUGAAGGAGGCUUUUCGAGCUAAGGCCUCACAGGACUCCAGCUUUCCUGAAUUGCUCCAAAAGCUCUGCCUCCUCCUCCAACUCCCUUCCGGGACCAACGUUACCCUCUAUCAGACAGGACCCCGACACCACCUCACCUGCAGAGCCUGAGCAACUGAAGCCCGCCUUACCGACAUGCAUGCAGCCCUGGGGAGCAGGGGAGGGAGAGUACUUGGGCCUGCCCUGCUGCAUGCCAAUAA